GAAGGAGGCCCGUCAUGGGGAAUUCUACUCUAGGCAGAAUAUAGAUCACGCCUUCCUCAUGAGCUUUGCCACAAGUCUCUCUGAAUACUUCCUGUUACUGGAGGACAAUGUCUUUUCUGCCCCCAACUUUAUCACCCACAUUGAUUGGAAGGUGAACACCAUGAGGUCUGACCCAUGGGUGCUCCUGGAGUUCUCGAAUCUGGGCUUCCUUGGCAAACUCUUUCACAGCAAGGACCUCCCACUCCUGGCCCAUUUCCUCCUCCUCUUCUACAAGGAACUGCCCCUUGACAGGCUGAUCCCCCACUUCCGUACCCUCCUAGCUCAGAAAAACCCAAUCAUUUGCAGACCUUUCCUUUUCUACCCCAGGUUCUUCUUCCACAUCUCUAAUGACACCCAGAAGGCCAGGCCAGUUCAGAAAAAGGACCCCUACAUUCCUGACAACCCACCUGGAGCCAUUUUCACGGAUAUGAAGGUUUUUGAUGUUCAUUUCCCCUGGGAAGCCUACACUCUGGAUGAAUCAUUCUUCUGGACCCACAAUGUUAGUGCAGGGAACCACCUGACAAUCAUUUUGAACCAUCCGGCGAACUUGAGCAAAGUGCAAGUGUUAACAGGCACCAUCGGAUGGAAAGUACGCCUUGGAGAAGGGGCAAGUGGAGCUGGGCUACGACCCCAAGGGAAUGCCCCAGUACUGUACCAGCUUCGCCUUGCUGGGCCAUCUCUUCGAAGGGCAGAUGAAUCAGGAGAUAUUUCUGAAAAGUAUGGGGCACGAUGUGAGCUGCGUAAGGCUGGUGGUGAAGGCUAA